AUGGCUCUAACGUCGUGGAAAAUUUUCAAUUUCUUCGACGUCUCGGAAGUCAAACCGCCGGACGACGGAGAAAGCUCCUCAAUCUUCGAUAGCAAUGAUCUUCACUGCAUCUGUUCCGGGUCCGACAAUAUCUUCGUCGGCAGCAACGAUGGCCAUGUCCGCAUUCUCUCCCAGGCCUUCAAGAUCGUACGGACGUUCAAAGCACACGACAAUGGUCCUAUCACACAGAUAAAACAGGUGGAAGGCACGGCGCUACUUGUCACUAUCUCCGAAGAUCUAUCAAAUGAGCCAGUACUCAAAGUCUGGGCUCUAGACAAGACAGAGAAGAGGACGGGUGCACCGAAGUGCUUGUCAAGUUUGGACAUACAUAAUGGCAGGAAGCAAUUUCCUAUCUCGGCCUUCGCAACACUCGAGAACCUGUCUCAGCUUGCAGUAGGGUUCGCAAAUGGCGCGGUUACUGUCAUAAGAGGCGAUUUAAUACAUGACCGAGGCGCCAAGCAAAGAACUGUCUUUGAGUCCGAGGAGCCGAUAACAGGAGUCGAGUUUCGAGAAGGUCCCAAUACUACACUCUACCUCGCAACUACUGGGCGAAUACUCACCCUGACGAUAACGGGAAAGGGGCAAGGACAACCAGCAAAAGUUUUGGAGGACACAGGAUGCGGCGUUGGCUGUAUGACAUUUGAUGAUGCCAAUGGGGACAUCGUGGUAGUACGAGACGACGCAAUACAUUACUAUGGGGUCAAUGGGCGUGGUCCGUCGUUCGCCUACGAAGGACCUAAACAACUCGUCAGCAUAUUCGGCGACUAUGUUGCCCUCGUUACUCCUCCAAAAGCAUCCCCUCCCACCAAAAUGAGUACACUUCGUAGAUUUGUCGGCAGCCAAAGAGAUGAUUUGUACAAUACAUCUACUUUUGCACUGCUGGACACGGAUUUGAAAUACAUAGCUCAUACGGAGACUCUCAUAUCCCAAGUCAAAGCCCUCUUCAUUGAGUGGGAUGAUCUGUUUUUGUUGACCCUGGAUGGCAAACUCUUUCGGUAUCACGAGAAGACUCUGCAGCAGAAGCUUGAGAUUCUCUACCAGCGUGAUCUCUAUGUCCUUGCUAUCAACUUCGCCCAGAAAGCUGGCGUCGACACUGCUCAACGCAACGUGAUUCUCCGCAAGUACGGUGAUUACCUGCAUAAGAAGGGUGACUACGACACUGCUAUGCAACAGUAUUUGAAAGCAAUUGACAACACCGAGCCUUCACAAGUGAUACGCAAAUUCCUCGAUUCCCAGCGGAUCAAUAAUCUCAUUGAGUAUCUUGAGGAACUACAUGAUCAUGACAAAGCCACUGUCGAUCAUACUACACUUCUCCUCAAUUGCUAUGCUAAACUGAAGGACACCGAAAAGCUUGAGACAUUCAUCAAGUCCGGGACGAAUUUCGACCUAGAGACAGCGAUUAGUAUGUGCCGACAAGGAAGUUAUUACGACCAAGCCGUCUUCCUCGCCAAGAAGAACAGCGAACAUGAGCUAGUCAUCGACAUACUGAUCGAGGACUCCAAGAAAUACGAGGAUGCUCUAGACUAUAUCUGGCGGCUUGCACCUGAGAUGGCCUACCCAAAUAUGAUGAAGUAUGCCAGAAUCUUGCUUGAGCAUUGCGAGGAAGAUGCUACUCAGAUCUUCAUCGAUUACUACACGGGCCAAUAUCGACCGAGGGAGGACGUGCCAAUACCCACGGUGCAGGAGCCCCAAGCUGGUGGAGCCUACAACGUCGCGAACCUGACCUCCUUUAUUCCUUUACCAUACCGCCAAGCAAGCGUUAAUCCAUCCCCUGGGACAGCCGGCAACCAGCAGUUGGCGGGCGCCGACGCAGCAGAUGCGGAAGCUGGUCAAGCUCCACCGGAGUAUGACAUACCAAAGCCGCGAACAGCGUUUUCAUCAUUCGUUGAUCAUCCCGAAAAUUUCAUCACUUUCCUCGAGGCAUGCUUGAAGCAAGAGAACCUCGACAAGAGCGACAUGACCGACCUGUAUACUGCACUAUUUGAGAUGUAUCUGGAGACUGCUAAUACCAAGAAAGGCGAGGAGAAGGAAACAUGGGAGGCGAAAGCCAAAAAAUUGAUUGACGGCAAAGACAUUCCUAUAGACGCUUCGAAUGUUCUAUUGCUCUCACAUCUCUCAAAUUUCCGUGACGGUACGACCCUAGUCAGAGAGCAGCAAGGUCUUCGGUUCGACAUUUUUCGGUCUUAUACCUCUGCCAACGAUACUGCUGGGGCGAUCAAAGCCUUGAGGAAAUACGGCCCUGAAGAGCCCCAGCUAUACCCAGCUGCCCUUGCGUACUUCACAUCUGAUCCUAAGAUUCUGGAAGAAGCGGGCCAUGAAUUGGACCUUGUCUUGAAGAAAAUUGACCAAGAUGGCCUGAUGGCACCAUUACAAGUAAUACAAACAUUGAGCACGAAUGCUGUUGCAACAAUGGGUAUGGUCAAGAAAUAUCUCAGUGACACCAUCGAGAGGGAGAGAAAAGAGAUUUCAAAUAAUCGUCGUCUCAUCGAAAGCUACCGUACCGAGACCGAGUCUAAGCGAAAAGAGAUGGACGAUCUGGGCAAUAAGCCUGCUGUCUUCCAGGCCACACGAUGCGCCGCGUGUGGUAGGAGCCUGGAUCUACCAACGGUGCACUUUCUAUGCAAGCACUCGUUCCACCAAAGUUGCCUCAACGAGACAGAUGGGGUGGAGGCGGAGUGUCCAAAAUGUGCUGCGGCAAAUAAUAAUAUCCGUUCUUUCAGAAAAGCGCAGGAGGACUCGGCGGAUAGGCACGAUAUGUUUCAAGACGCAUUACAGCGAAGUCGAGAUAAAUUUGGGACGAUCAGCGAAUUCUUCGGUAGAGGUGUCAUGACGGCGCCAACUGCAGAAUAG